AUGGCUAGUGAGGAGAGUUUUGUAGUUUUGGUUCACCACAAAGGAUCCAUUAAGAGGAAAACCCAAUCCGGUGUGAAGUUCACUGAUAAGGAUCCUCUCAAUAUUUUCGUGAGGCCAACGACGAGCUAUGAUGACCUUGUUAGUUCUGUUCUACGAAAACUUGGUUUAGAAGGCGUGAAACGGGUUAAGAAAUUUUUCUAUCGCAUUCCAAUUUCGGUUCUCCAAGAAAUCGUGAAAUAUGAUUGUUUCACGAUCGGUAGUGAUGAGGACUUGCAGGUCCUGUUUCAUUGUCGCCGGCAGUUUUUCGAAGUGAGGACACCGGAACUAUUGACGAAGUUGGUUGACGUGGUAUCCAGCUCGGGAGGUUCGAACCGGAAUACCCCAACUAUAGCCACGGUUGCUGGUUCUAGCUCCAGACCUGCGAGUGCAUCUUCCUCCGUCCCUGUGUAUGAACCUCCGGUCCAGCUUGUCGCCUCCCCAUCGUUUGCCGUGGAUCUCAACGAAAGUGGAGGUGGUGAGGUUGGAAUAGGGGAUCAUGUGCCGACCCCCUUACAUUGUGCUACACCGGCUGGUCUUGGAGAUGCAUUGUUGGAUGAUCCAGUGGACGACGAUGUGGAGCCAGAUAUCAUUGCUGAUGACAACGGUGAUGAUAUUGGACCGAGUGAGGCUGCUGGUGCUGGACGUGGUUCUAGCUCUGGCACACAUCAGUACCCUCCACAUUUUUCAUCUUUGGACUUGGAUGCAAUGAGGUAG